AUGUCGAUACCAGAACCACCACCGGGAGUAACGAGACCAAUAGUUUUCUUUGACAUAAUGAUAGGUGAUACUCCAGCUGGAAGGAUAAAGAUGGCAGAGUUAUUUAGCGAUAUUACACCCUUGACAGCAGAGAAUUUCAGACAGUUAUGUACGGGUGAACAACGGAUAAAUGCUAUUCCCCAGGGAUAUAAGAAAGCUACUGUUCAUAGAAUACCUCAAUUCAUGAUCCAAGGAGGCGACUUUAUACGAGGUGAUGGCACCGGUUCAUUCUCCAUUUACGGAGGAGAAUUCGAAGAUGAGAAUUUCACUGUGAAACAUACUUCCCCAGGAUUAUUAAGUAUGGCUAAUUCAGGUCCAAAUACAAAUGGUUGUCAAUUUUUCAUCACCACAGCUCAAGCGGAAUUUCUCGAUGGGAAACAUUGCGUGUUCGGUCGAGUAGUAGAAGGUAUGCUCACAGUGCGCAAAAUUGAAAAUGUCCCUACGGGUGCUAAUAACCGGCCCAAGUUGCUGGUACGGAUAUCAGAGUGUGGAGAGAUGUGA